AUGCCUGCAGCAAGGAAGGCGUCGAGCAGCGGAUCGAUCCUGUGGAUUCUGCUGACACCGCUCAUGUGGCUCGCCUUCGGACUGCUCCAUACCGUAUAUCAUAUCACUCUCCUCAUCCUCCAGGCCAAAGACGCGAUCAAGCGUGCGAUCAAACGACAAGCGAACCGACCUCCAGCAUCUUACCUUUCCCUAGAGGAUCUUCUUGCAGCGUACGAAUGCGAAUCGAGCACGAUCAAGGUCCCACAGCAUCUGGCUGUGGUACUUGCCGAUACCGCGCCUUCGUCAACACGUCUCUACCUAUCCACGCUCUGGUUGGGUCUGCGCCGGCAAGAUGCAGCGCCAGCCGGUGACCUAUGGCGCGAGUUCAGGAUACAAUACGACGAAGCUGUCGAGUUGAAGCGUAUCAGAGAUAUCGCUGCUAUCGUACACCUGGCAAGGAUCAGCAAUGUGCAGCAGCUGAGCGUGCACGCGUCGCAACCGCUAUCUCCCAUUGCGUUACAAUCCUUGGGCCGUAUGCUGCACGUCGGAUACAAGACCAAGGCCGUAUUUCCGCGAGAGGCACCGGUACAGGGGCCUAUGGCGAACGUCGAUGGAGGGGACGCUUGGUCACGAUAUGCUGAACUUAGAAGAAGGACGCCUAGGUCGGUGGCGAAAAGCAGCAGCUCUUCUUCUGCGAGCUCACCGGGGUCGCCAGCGUCAAGUGAUUCGGAACUCGGUCCUCCUUCGCUGGAUGAGACGCUUGCAUCGUCGUACACCGCAGAGAGCGACAGUCCAGCACAGCAAGACGGUUUUGAUGCCACCGUCAACAUUCGCAUCGGUCUCGGUUCCGCAUCAAAAGCAGCCGACUCGAUUCCGGAGCAAUCAGACGCAACGGUGCAAGACGGGCAGACACCACGGCCUUUGCAAGUGACCUUGUUGAGCCGACAGGAUGGCCAGGAGCGGCUCUCGGAGAUCGUCAGCGAGCAUAUCCAAGAUCGUGCCUCAUCGUACUUGUCGGACGUCCUCGUCCCGGACAUGGCGUCAGCGGCGUCGGGAGCGAAGCGCUUCUCGUCGUCUACACUGCGCAAAUUGUGGGUGUCAAAGCGGUCUCCCUACACCUCGGAACUGACGGCGGACGAGCUGGACGCCACGCUGAAAAAGGCAGCGUACUUGUCCGAGCCCGAGUUGCUGGUGGUCUUCGGUGGUCGACCAAGAGCGAGACAGCUGUACGGCUUUCCAGCAUGGCCAUUGAGAGUCACCGACCUGUUCUACGAUCCGAGAUUGCGGGUGAAUCAAGCAUACAGCAGCACUGACUUUGUAGCAGCAUUACGGAAGCUGGCCAAGGCAGAGCAGAGAUAUGGCCGAUGA